UAUGGCAGCGCCCAGUAGAAAAUUUCCCAUGCAUUAUUACAGACACAUUUGUGAAUAAAACCAUUAUUUUGACAUGGUUUGGUGAUGAAGAUUCACUCCUAACACUCGCAAUUACUGUUUUGUAUAUUCCGGUAUAUUCUGAAUAAGUGAGGCAUGGUCGUAUAAGGAUCUUGAAGCUUGGAUGGUACAUGUACAAUUGUGUAUUGGGCCUACUAUAUUGUACGAUAACCUCGAAUAAGUGCCAUGAGUCGGCAAGUGUUCAGGAGGCUAAGAAGCUACACCAGUUUGGUGCGGUCAUUGUCCAGUGUGGCUGGUUAUCAGUUCUCCAAGAGGAAUUCCAUCAAAUACGUUCUAACUGGUCUUCUAACUGGCUCAAGUGUUGUUGCAUAUGCAUUUGCCAAUUGCCAUGUUGAAGCUGCCACACUGUUCUCAGGGUCAGGAAGCCAAAUAGAUACGUCAAAAUGGAUGGUGGAACCAAUCACGGAUAUCAACACACUUAAUAAGACGAAGGACUCAUCAAUGCGCUCUAAAGUAGAGAUCCUCAUUAUGCGUAUACAGGGAGAAGUAUGUAAGAAAAUGGAAGAAUUAGAUGGGAAGCAAACUUUUCAUGUUGACAAAUGGACGAGAAGUGGAGGCGGUGGUGGCAUCACAUGUGUACUGUCAGAUGGGAAUGUGUUUGAGAAAGCUGGCGUCAACAUCUCUGUGGUGGAAGGUGAACUCCCUGCUGGAGCUGCUCAACAGAUGAGAUCCAGUUCUAAUUUCAGAGGAAAAAAGUUUAAAGAUGGACAGUUGAAAUUCUUUGCUGCAGGAAUUAGCUCUGUUGUACAUCCGAAAAGUCCUAAAGUGCCAACCAUUCAUUUUAACUAUCGCUACUUUGAAGUAAUGGAAUCUGACGGCACGAAGCACUGGUGGUUUGGAGGUGGCACUGAUCUGACGCCAUACUUUCUUGAUGAGAAGGAUUGUGUUCACUUCCAUUCUACCCUCAAGGCAGCCUGUGACAAGCACAGCAGUGAAUUCUACAAGAGAUUCAAGGCAUGGUGUGAUGAUUACUUCUUUGUUAAACACAGAGGUGAGAGAAGAGGUAUUGGAGGUAUUUUCUUUGAUGAUCUAGAUCAACAGUCACCUGAUGAAACUUUCAACUUUGUUGAGAGUUGUGCUGAUGCCAUAAUACCUGCAUAUGCUCCCAUUGUUGAAAAGCACAAGUACGACACAUACUCAUAUGAUGACAGGCAAUGGCAGCUGCUUAGAAGAGGUCGCUAUGUGGAGUUUAAUCUUGUGUAUGAUAGAGGAACCAAGUUUGGCCUACUCACACCCAACGCCAGGAUAGAAAGCAUUCUCAUGUCACUACCUACUUAUGCGAAAUGGGAAUACUGCCAUGAACCAAGUGAGGAGAGCCAGAAACAACUGGUGGAAGUGCUCAAGAAUCCUAAGGAUUGGCUUUAACUCAUGGAUUCAUUAAGCCAACGCAAUAGGAAAUGAGAUUGAUGAAUUGGUUUUAACAUGUUUAAUACUGGAUAUCUUACUGUAGACCAGGUAAUGUUCACAAGAUUUUGUUUUUCCUUGAUUUGGUUGACAAUAUCAAAAAUCAAUUAAUUAUUAGAUUUUGUCAGGAAAUGCAAAAAAAAUCAAGAAUUAGCAACUUUGCCAACUCUUUGCCAUUUUGUCAUUUUAACAAUUGUGAAUCUGUGAAUCGUGUUCUCCUGAUUUGGUAGACAACUCUAGUUAGGCAAUAAUCAUUAGAUUGUGGGAGGAAAUUUUGGUCUACCAUCAAUGAAGAAUUGGCAACUUUGCCAACUUUUGCUGUGAACAUAUCUUGGUUUAGGGUAAAUACUUGAUGUUGAGUUUGUAAUUUUGAAUCUGUAAAUCUGAUUGCCUGAUGUACGUCCUGUGAGCAGGCAAUGAUUUGCAAUGUUUUUGCCAUCGCACACUCCCCCAAAAAUGCAAUGUAGCACCGUUAGCUGUGUUAUAAGGAAAAUAUUUUAAGCGGGAAACAUUUCGCUUUUUUUCCCCUUGGCCUGCAAUAAUGUUAUCGAACACUUUUUAGAAUUUGUUAACCACAGUUUUUAGCUCACCUCUGGGGAGAUUUUAUACGACUCUGUGGCGUCGGUCGUCCGUCGCUGUUGUCGUCAUCUGUUAUCGGAGAACGUUUCGUCACCGUUAGGGCUAGAUGUCGAAAACUUGGUGUGAUGGUAGCUUUGGGCAAUAUGCCCGGAUAAAUUUUUCUUUUUCGCGAUAUGACCUACUUUCUGGCCAUCUUGGAAAUGGGUUUUUUGCCUUUUUGAAGCUAAUGGUUGUAUGUAGUGACAAAAUAUAUAUGGUGGGUGUAUCUAAUAAGGUUAAAUGUGACCCACUACAGCAAAAUGAGUCGCAUGUCGCUUAGAGCUUGACAAGUUGAGACGGACUGGUUGUUCAUUUCACUAUAGUCUGCCUUUUGUGAAAUCUGAGUGUAUCAAUUUCUUCUAUUAUGUCCUGGUGUCAUUUUAGACUCAGCUUCUGUGCGACGUGCGACCCAUUUUGCUGUGGUGGGUCACAAAUAACAUAUUGACCGGGUUUUUGAUUUGACCUACUUUUCAAGGUCACAGAGGUCAAAGUUCACUAAAUCACCGAUUAUAGUGGCACGUUUCGUUUCUAUUUGAGCUAGAAGGUUCUUACACAUAUAUUUUGGGACCCUCUAUUCUACCCCAAAAAUUUGUCCCUCUCAGACUUCAAAAAUGGCCGCUAGGCGGCAAUCUUGAAAUAUUAACGAAGUCUGAUUGAAACCAAAUUUCAUAUGAUUGUAUAUCUAUGUACUCUCUACAACGUCCCUGAUUUUCUGUCAAAUCUAUCAACUAAUAUGGCCGCCAGGCGGCCAUCUUGAAAAUUAAACAAAGUCCUAUUAGUCCGAAACUAAUAUUAGGAUUGCAACCAAACUUCAUGUGAUUAUGUAUCUAUGUACUCUUAUCAAUAUCUCUAAUUUUCAGUCGAAUCCAAUGACAAAUAUGGCCGCCAGCCCGCCAUCUUGAAAAUCCAACGAAGUCCUAUUACUCCUAAACUGUUGAAAUGAUGUCAACCAAUUUCCAUGUGACAUGUAUACUCUUCGAUAACCCUCAAAUUCAGUCAACUUUAUAACCAAAGUGCUAUAAUUAAAUGGCACCGGUAAUUUUCUUUUGUGCCAUUGUGCCAAGAAGAAUAAUAUUAUUCAAUGGAGUCAAAACUGGUGAAACAAGCCAGAAACUGUUCUCCCCAUAUCCACUGCAAAUGACAUGCAUUACAUUACCCGAGGUGAGCACACGGUCCCUGGACCAUUUCAAUUAAGUAACUUGAUGGGUAGUUUGGCAGUUCGAUACAAAAUAUGGCGCGCUUGUUAAUUGGGUGAUAUUCUGAUUGUUAACCCUCGGAAACUUUGUUGGUUGUUAAAAACAUGCCUGACUGACAUUUCAGUAUAUCGCCCUCCUUUGCGGGCACAUUUUUGGCUCACCGUAGGGGAGUCUAUACAAUGACGCAGUGUCCGGCGUCCGAUUUUUUUUUGAGUUUGAAAAGAAACAUAUUGUAUGAUAAGCCCCCCCUUCUUAGGAGGGGUUCUUAAGAUACACGCGUGUGCGGGAGUAUAAUGACGAGAAAUAACGAGAGUAACUAUUGAAUACCCUACAAACAAUUUUUUUUGGUUUUUCAAAAUAGCGCUGAAUUAAUAAAUCAGACCAGUUGUAACAGGUUAAAGAACAUCUGAUUAAUUUAAAUCUUCAUGGGAAUUCGCUACAUAUGCUUAAGAAAUUGGCCAAUUAUAUUAAUAUUUUUAUUAGGGAAAUAUCCGUCCUAAAUAAUGACACAAAAGGGUGGUUUUAUAUCAAUUUUGUGUCGACAUGGUCGAGGUCACGUGACAUAAACAAAACAAUCGCACACACCUGUCCAAAAAAGGCACUUUAGGUAAGACAAAUACGUUUUUCCAGCUUAAAACCACACUGACGACUAAGUUAUAUUGGUCUACUGCCCAAAUCUGAAGUAUCAAAAUGAAUCACAAACUAGAACUAGCUCUAUUUAGCUAUAGUUGCGUGAAAAAUUCGGUUAAGCGACAUUCUGCACCCUAGCGGCCAAUAAUUAAACUACUUCAGCCGUCUGCUCCGGUCUCGUUGGGGAGUUUUUCCCAAAUGUACGCGAUGAUGACGUGCCCCAUUAACAACUAUUUUAAAAUGCGUUUCCAAAGUGAAUGCAUGAGGACAACCCAUUUGUGUCGUAAAUCACUGGAAACGCCCGAUUCCCCUGAUUCUGCAGGAUGUUAAAUCGGGCAUUUUAUUUCUUUCAAUAAAUCAUAAGUGUCGCAUUUACUCCUAGGCCCAGCUCUGUUCACCAUCCCAAAUGGCAAUAUUGCCAAUUGGGCCGGACAAUCACAAAAAACCCCCAAUAUUAUACAUUUCUUCCUGAAUAAUUCUUACAGUGACCAUACCCCCAUGAAAGACAGUUGCUUACGCUACACAACAAUCAAAAAAAAUCGAGGGUCAACCAUUGAACUUUUGAGAUAUGUUGAAUUUUGCACAAAUCAGCGAAAAACGCACCAACUGGCAGUGGACGGCUUUUCAAAACAGGGCCGUUGUACUGGGUAAAAACGUUACGCUAUCGUAGGGGGGUUCGGGGGUGCUCCCCCGACCUAAAGCGGGGCUCACUAAGUCCUUGACUUUACAUAUUACUGUAUUAGGCCUUUUUUUAUUAGUUGGUUUACGGGACUGCCAGCGAUAAAAUCUCUGAUUUUAGAAAGAAAAGAAAUCUGGGAUUUCCCUAUUAUUUUUUACCGCCAAUCAUAUGCUGCAAAACACUUGUUUAUUUUCAAAAUCAGAUGAAAAAACCGUGUUCUUUUUAUCCUGCCGAUCGUUUACAUCAGGAUGGCAUUGUUUAUUCUAAGCAUCGCAAUAAAAAACUGUCAAUAUCUCGUUAGAAUCGAACUUUUUGGUGUUGUUUUCAUUGUGUGUAGCAGCACCGCGUCUAUUUUAUUAUGUAUGCCUAUGCGGAUGUAACAUUUUUUAAAAAUUUCUUCCUCCACCAUGUUCGAUGUACACUUUUUAUAACAUUCCCUUUAAAAAGUUGGUCUAUUCUUGUUUUGUUUUUUUUAUUUUCCCCUCCGACAUUGAUUUUUUCAAGAAAUGUCCCUUUAACCAACUAAUUAAAAAAAGGCCUAACUGAUAUUUUGAAAACACCAGUCAUAUACAUAGGUUUACAAAUUUUCAGCAAAGAUUUUUAUAGCAUGUGAAGUUAGCUUCACUGUUUAUUAUUGGUAUCGACUGUCAGCACGUGGCGACGCUGACCGAAAAAUCGCUGCCACAGAAGGGGGUUAAGAUUCUUCUCACUUAAACAUUCAACAGAAAACAUUCUUUUAAGAACACUUUUCACAAGCCCUGUGCAUUUAACCCCCUUAGCUAGCUUAAGGGAAUUAAAGAUGUAUCAUAUGAUGAGGCUACUACUGUUAACUGCGAGCAUUUUAUUUUCACGAAUGCGCUCUCUAACACAAACUUAAAAAUCCAGAAUAGCUCAAUAUAGUAUUAUUCAUUGACCAUUAAAUUUCGAUGGCAAAUGAAAUAUUCAGUCAACCGCUUAUUGAAACUAGCCAAUUCACUUAAGUGGAUGUUAAAUACAUCGCAAACCACAGGCUGCACUAUAUGCUGUGGCUUAUUUUCAUUCUGCUUUUGCUUAGGUGCCCUGCAAGAGUUCCACUCAGUCAUGAAUUUAGUGCUUUACUUAUCAUAAUGUUGGCAUCACAAUGUGAGUGGUGGUAUUUUUGAGCUUUGUGGCGAGGGUUUUUAGUAGGCCACAGAGAAGUGUAUUCAAGUAGCUUUUUUUUAAACACAUUGGGCUAAAAUUUCUACAUCUGAAUCUUCACUCUCCUGAUCUUGAUUUUUGUACUGAUACCUGCCCGUGCAGUAUUAAUGCUUUACACGUUCAAGUAACAGAAACUUUUGCGUGGUUUUUGGCUCACCGUAGGGAAGUCUAUACAAUAUCGCUGUGUCUGUCGUCGUCUGUGUCCUGUUUCAAAAACAGUGGCAUGUUUUUUAACCGCUAGAGUUAUGAACUUGAAACUUAGUACACAGGACCUUCCAGGUCAGGUGACAUAGGACACUGAAUUUCGGUCCGAAUGGAUUCUUGACUUGGCCACCAGGGGACCAGAAGGGGAAACCUAAAAAGCAUCCUAGCAAGGAUACAUCAAAUAUCAUACGGGUUUUUGAUUUGACCUAUAUACGUGUCUCAUGAGUGUUUUAUUUGACCUACUUUUCGUGUGUCUGUUGUGUCUGUUGUCGUCGUCUGUUGUCUGUCGUCAGUGUCCGUCGUCAUCUGUAUCCUGUUCCAAAACAUGGCACGUUUCUUAACCGCUUGUGCUAUGAAACUUUGGUCAGGUGACCUCUGACAGUGAAUUUCGGUCUGAUUUGUUUCUUGAUUAGCCACUAGGGGGCCAGAAGUGGAAACCUUAAAAGUGUGAUAUCUCUCUAAUGAGUGACUCAUUUUCGAUAAAAUAUUUAUGGUAGGUUGUCCUAGCAAGGAUACAUCACAUAUUGUACGGGUUUUUGAUUUGACCUAAUUUUCACGGUCACAGAGGUCACAAUGGCGUAAAUUGGCCAUUUGAGUGUAACCCCUGUUGGCCAAGUCGAGAAUCAGAUCAGACCAAAAUUCGUUGUCAGCGGUUAUAUGACGUAGAGAGUCAUGUGUACCAAAUUUUAAGUUCAUAGCUUUAGCGGUUAAGAAACAUGCCAUAGGGCCAAAACUAAAAAGGUAAAAAGUGCAAUAUCUCUCGCUUAUUAGUGACUUGUUUUUGAUGAUAUUUUUAUGGUAGGUCCUCCUAGUGAGGAUACAUCACACAUUAUAUGGGUUUUUGAUUUGACCUGACUUUCAAGGUCACAGAGGUCACAAUGGCAUAAAUUGGCCUUUUGAGUGUUACCUAUGGCACGUUUCUUAACCGUUAAAGCUAUGAACUUGAAAUUUGGUACACAUGACUCCCUAUCACAUGUAACCUCUGACACCGAAUUUUGAUCCGAUUCUUGACUUGGCUACCAGGAGGCCAAAACUAAAAAAACGGUAAAAAGUGCAAUAUCUCGCUUAUUAGUGACUUGCUUUCUAUGAUAGUUUUAUGGUAGGUACUCCAAGCAAGGAAACAUCACAUGUCAUACCAACUAGUUUUGUCCUACAUACUACACAUGUAGCAUGUUUCUUAACCAGGAUGAAUUCCUGACCACUAAUAUCUAUACGGUGAGCACGAUUGCCCCAGGCCAUUUCAUUAGUGACUUGUUUUUGAUGAUAUUUGUUUUGUUUGGUACUCUAAGUAAGAAUACAUCACAUGUCAUACCGACUUUGAUUUGACCUAUAUACUAUAAUUGAAGCAUGUUUCUUAACCAGGAUGAAUUCCUGACCACCAAAUAUCUAUACGGUGGGCACAAUUGCCCCUUGCCGUUUCAUUGCAUUGUACUUGAUGUGGCUCAUAAUCUCUCUUUCAUAAGUUUUUUUCAUUACCCUUAGUUUUCAUGAACAAAUCUGUUGCCAUGCCACUACAAAAUGUUUUAAAGCAAUAUUUGAUCAGCUCUUGGGAUUUAAUGCUUUUUCACGGAAGGUAUCUGAUGGCCAGAAAUGCUUCGGUGCUUAAGUUAGCAAUAGGAUUGACCACAGUAUAUGAGUGUGUCGUGAUUGAUUUAAUCAUUUAUUUAUGUGCUGAUAAUAUUUGCUUCAGUCUUUAAUCCCUGUAGAACAGAAAAAAUGUCCAGCAUUUAAUUUAAGCAAUUGCUGAAGGAUAGACACAUUUUUGCACGUUACUUUCGCAAGUCGAAGGUGCUUUUUCACAAAAAAAAACAUAUAAAAACUGCAAAAAUCUGUUUGAGUUCCAUCUUUAGCUCACCUGGGUCCUUCGUCAGUCAACAAUGGGGGCACCUUUGCUCACUGUUGAGAGUAUCUAGAAAGCUAAGACCUUUAGAAACCUGAGACCCUUGAUACUAGGAACCUAAGACCCUUGAUACUAGGAAAUCACCACAAGUCCAAUUUUCAAGGCACCACCCCUAAAAACUACCCUCCACGUGAAAGAACUUGGCGCUACUGUGCGAAUGCAGCCUAUUCAAAGUGGAGAAACAGAAUGGAAAUCUGCUACAAUUACCAAACGGCUAAAGCAAAGGACUUUUGAGGUGAAAACAACUGAUGGGACCUUGCUUAGGACGAUAAUAAACCCUUCAGCCUUGCUUAGGCGUAAUAGACAACAUCUUUACUUAAAACCCCAUGAUGAAUGUACGCCGCCACAACCCUAGAAAUUGAACCCUUUGCCUCCUGAGCCACUACCCACCUGGGACACGAGAGCACUUUUUCCAUAAUUGUGUUUACCUGUGAGAAAUGCCGUGAGUACUUGCCAUUGUGUAGUUCUAAUGGCCGCCGAAUCAUUAGAGUAGUUAUGGAAGUUGUUAGCAGAUGGCAAGACUAUGCAUUCACUUAAAACGCAAGUUUUUUGGAGGUGUACCCAUUACGCGUGACGUGUCCUGGAAUAGCAAAUUUCUACGUAGGCAAAGGGUUAACAUGCAAGGAACUGUGAUGAAUAGUAGUAUGUCUGUACUGUAUGCGCUGCCUGAGAAAGUGACAAUUCUAUCACCACUGAGCAACCAAAUGCCGGUAAUAUUCCUAUUCCUAUGCCUACACAAAUGCCGAACAAUUCAGAGACUCGAGCUCCAAAUGAGCCAACGGGUUAUUUCCUGCGCCAAUCUGGUCGUAUUAGUAGAUCGCCUGCUCUAGAUUUGCAGAUGAGCAAACUUCAAUAAAUAAUGUGCCCGAAAGCAUUAUUUCAUGUGCAAGGUAGUGACCAAAAAAUUGCUUUAAAGCAUGCUCUGCGACUCUUCAUAGGUGUACUGUUGCUACAUGGACAGUGUCAAUUUAGAUUUAGAGUGAUUGCUAUAUAUGAUUACGGUCUUGGAUUUAUCGUUUCAUGAAUGUUAUAAUCUUCUCUAACUGAAUUAAUUUCUUCAUUCAGCUUUCAAAGUAGGGGAGAUGUUCAGUGGACGUGAUCAUAAAUCACUCGUGUUAUAAGAUUAGUUAGUUUCCCUUAGUACAGGUGGCAGCAUCUUCUUGUCUGUGACAUUGUGUUGGUCAGCAUCCCUCCCUCCCUCCUUCUUGUAAGAUGGCUUCUGUGUAUCAAAACCUGUAGUCUACUGUGUUAUCUCCUUAUUUAUCGACUCCAAAGUUGUGGACACUCCACUAAACAUGGCCUGCUCUCACCGUAUAAGAUUGAAUUGACAGCAGUUAAUCAAACUGCGCAAUGUGAACAAAUCUUCCAAAGAAAAAUGCCACACAAUCCAAACUCAGUGGAAUUCAGAAGUCUGUCAGGAACAGGGACCUGGUUUGAUGUAAAUAUGCUGAGUAAAAACGAUGAAAAGACUGAAUUGAUGAUCUUUGCAUCAACACAUUCACUCAAGAAAAUUCACCAUGUGGUUCUUAAAGUUGGUGACACCCAAAUUACAUCUUCGAGUAGUGUGCGCUACCUCGGUGUCGUGUUUGACACUAGCUUAACCUUGGAGCAGCAGGUAAACAGUGUUUGCAGGUCAGCUUACAAUCAGCUAAGACUCAUUGGUCAAAUCAGGCGUUACCUCACCAGGCACCGCGCACAAGGACUAGAUUUGGCAAGCGUACAUUCCAGUGUGCCGCAGCAGCACUCUGGAAUGACCUCCCUAGUAAUAUUCGAAAUGCGGACUCCAUCACAACUUUUACGACACUCCUCAAGACCCACCUUUUUUAACAACAUUACGAACAUUAGAAUUGUUCAUUGUUGUCAAAGACUAUACUUCUUAUAGAGACUCUGUUUUUGUUAAGCGCCUUUGAACGGCCCAAUAUAGGACUGAUAAGGGCGCUAUAUAAAUGUGAUACAUAGAUAGAUAGAUAGAUAGAUAGCAUUAUCAGAUGGACAGACACCAAACCAGAACUGGCUUCUCAGAGCUAUUAAUUGCCAUCAGGUCAUUGGGGCACUCUUCAAAGAAGGCGAAAUCUGUCAAAGUAUGAAAACAUAUACAGUAGAACCUCUAUAUUCAGGACACCCUCUGGACUGACAAAUGCUGUCCUUAAUAGAGAGGUGUCCUGGUUAGAGUGGUCCAAUUCAACAGAAACAACCAAUUUGGGACUGAAACUGCUGUCCUUAAUAGAGAGGUUAUCCUUGAUAGAGAGGUGUCCGCUAAGGGAGGUUCCACUGUAUUGGACAAUAUAUCGAGGGGGUUCUGUUUCUGGUAUCAAGGGUCUUAGGUUUCUAGGUGUGUCUUAUGUUUCUAGCAUCAAGGGUCUUAGGUUUUUAGUUGGGUCUUAGGUUUCUAGCAUCAAGGGUCUUAGGUUUCUAGAGGUCUUGGGUGUUAGGUCUUAGGUCUUGGCUUUCUAGACACCCCACUGUUGAGUCUUAUGAAACCUAUGACAACAUGACUUGACACAUAAAGUGUCAUUACCAUUUGACCUACUUUCUGGGCUCCAGGCGGCCAUCUUUGAAAACCUUAUUUUGUCAAUAUCUCAUGAACGCUGAUAGCUAGAACCAUGAAAUUUUUACUGUCAAUACUUCUGAUGAGACUUCAUGAUAUAAUGUACGGGUCUUUGAUUUGACCUACUUUUGAAGGUCACAGAGGUCAUACUCUAAAAUUUCAGCAAAGAUGGCAUGCUUCGUCAGUAAUUGUCGUACAUUCUUCAAAUUAGAUACAGGUCCUGUACUUUUAGCAAGAGCCAAUAUCAUUGGUGACACAGGUAAAUGCGUUAGUCAUAAAAAUGACAAUGCUACAUUUAAGUGUAUACGGGAAAACAUUGUAGCCUUAUUGUCUUAUAUGACCCGCCUUGAGAAAAUUAGCCCACUGGACAUCCCUUCAAAUUCAUCAAACAAACAAGAAAACUAGGUCCGAAUGAUUGACGGUUCCUCACCGACGGAUUCAUGUCGAUAAUAAACAAAUUGGAAAUUGAUGCAUGCAGACCUGUUUUGUGCAAAGUAGACACAAUUCAGGAUGAAGUCGACUGCUGUCCCCAAUUCUAUCGAACAGCUGGGAUGAUUAGCAAGACAUGUUGGCCACAUCUUGGAAGUAUCUGUAAGUCAGUCAACGUACCCAUCUUCUUUCUCACGAUUUGCAAUGUCUGUGUCGGGGACGGUGAUAUUUGCUGAUUGUCCGCCAUUUUUACUGUCUGAUGUUGCUUCCAACUACGAAUGUUAUGAUAUCUUACGCUUGCUAUGAUAUUGGUCGUAUGGGGUGACAUGUGGCUGAAGAAAGGUAAAUUUGCAAUCAAUAUUUUCAGAAGUUUUUAAACAUGUAUAGUAUUUCUUGUGUCUCCUAGUAGGAUGAAACCUAACUGUGAAUUCAAUCCUUAAUUUAAGGAACAAAAAAUGUGUUUCAUCUUCAAAAGUAAUUACAUGUACCAAGCAGUGACUUGUUUUAAAAUGAAAAGAUUUAAUUCUAACUGGCAUGAUGCUUUUAAAUGCAGGUUUUACAUAUAUAAUCCAAUAUGGUUGAAUAAAAUUUUAUCAUCUAA